UAGUCAGGUUGAUUGAACUGAUAAGAGCCAGAGAAAAAAAAGACAUAAAAUAAAGCCUGCUCUUUAAAUGUAUUUAAAACUAUGGCAAGCAGUCAUAGCCACAUUUUAUUCAGAUAUUAUUUUUUAAUAUAAUCUGUCCAGCCUAAUGGUUGAAACCAUCAUUAGAUUUUUUCAAAUUGGAACUAAUUCAACGCUAACGGUUUCCGAAUCCGGAGAGUGUUUUUAGUUACACACUGUCAAGGAACUGUCAUGGCGUCAGUGUGCAUUUUAAAUCGAAGUGUGCUAACACUUGGAAUUCAUUAUCAACAUGUUUCUAGGAAUGUUCUCCUUACACAGACCAGAGAGAAGAAGCGAUGGAUGAAAGCAUAUACGCUUAUAAUGCAAAGAAAGUUGAAGAUUGAAGGGCCUCCACCGCCUAAGCCACGCUCUCAAAAACCUAAUUGGGACUACCAUGCAGAGGUCCAAGCAUUCAGUAGCCGCCUUCAAGAGUCCUUUUCCCUGGAGCUCCUUAAGACAGCCUUUGUCAACCCAUGUUACAUUCAGACGGAGCAGGAGAGGAGGCAGGCACUUGGCGUGGACUCCGAGAUAGCCACUCUGGUCCUGGGGGACAAUGUUAAUCUGCACACACAGGGCCAGGAGUUCACCAAGAGCUUCCUGUCUGAUUGGUACAGGGCCUGCUUUCCUAGUCUUCCCAGUGAAGGAGUGGCUGCGAUUGUUGGGCACCUGACAAGUGAUAACAUAGUGUGCCAUGUAGCGCGAAACCUCGCCAUCGAGGACCUAACAAUGAGCGCUAAAUUCCCUGUCCCUGACAAAGUCCUGCAUAGUACAUUCCUGGCUGUGAUUGGGGCACUCCUUGAGAGCAGUGGACCUGAGAGAGCAGGACUCUUCCUACGGGAUUUCCUUGUCACCCAGAUGAUCGGGAAGGACCUGUUUGAGGUCUGGCCUGUGGUGAACCCCAUGGGCCUGCUGGUGGACGAGCUGUCCAAGAGGAACGUGGCCCUCCCAGAACCUCGCCUCACCAGAUCGUCUGGUGCCGCGACUGUGCUCCCAGUCUACUUUGUAGGGUUAUACAGUGAUAAGAAGCUCCUUGCUGAGGCUCCUGGAGAGACUAUUCUGGCUGCAGAAGAGGAGGCGGCCCGCGUGGCCCUGAGGAAACUUUAUGGCUACACUGAAAACCGAAGACCCUGUGACUUCUCUGUUGUACAGCCGCUUCCAGCUUCUGCUCUCCAAUCCAUCAGCAGUAGUUGAAUGCUGUAACCCUGGUGAUGUCGCACUGCAAUGUCUCCAGUUGAUGACAGCUCAUGGAAAGCCAUAUGGCUCUGAGGUUCCAAGUCAAUUGGCCCGUUUCCUAUCCAGACCACCCUCACAGAUUCACAGGCUUAAAAGGUCCCUUCAGAUGAUGUGGUUUCCUUGUAAAUUCGAGGAAGGGUGAAAAACUUGCCAUUAAAUAUUACUGAUCUCAGUGAAAUGUAUAAUGUCCAUAAUAAAUGUAUCUGAGUACCUGAGUAUAUUCAUU